CAUGGAGCCGGGGCCCGCGCUGCUCUUCUACGUGAACGGCCGCAAGGUGACAGAAAGAAAUGUUGAUCCUGAAAUAAUGCUGUUGCCGUACUUGAGGAAGAAGCUUCAACUCACAGGAACUAAGUAUGGCUGUGGAGGGGGAGGCUGUGGUGCCUGUACGGUGAUGAUAUCACGAUACAGCCCCACUACCAAGAAGAUAAGACAUUACCCAGCCAAUGCCUGCCUGAUCCCCAUCUGUUCUCUGUAUGGUGCUGCCGUCACCACAGUAGAAGGCAUAGGAAGCACCAAGACCAGAAUCCAUCCUGUCCAGGAGAGGAUCGCCAAGUGUCAUGGUACCCAGUGUGGAUUCUGUACCCCUGGGAUGGUGAUGUCCAUCUACACACUGCUCAGGAACCAUCCAGAGCCCACUCUGGAUCAGUUAACUGAUGCUCUUGGUGGUAACCUGUGCCGGUGCACUGGCUACAGGCCCAUAAUUGAUGCCUGCAAGACUUUCUGUAAAUCUUCUGGCUGCUGUCAAAGUAAAGAAAAUGGGAUUUGCUCUUUGGAUCAAGGAAUAAAUGGAUUACCAGAAUAUAAGGAAGAAAAUAAGACAAGUCCAAAACUAUUCUCAGAAGAGGAGUUCCUGCCGCUGGAUCCAACCCAGGAGCUGAUAUUUCCUCCUGAGCUCAUGAUAAUGGCUGAGAAUCAACCACAAAGCACCCGGGUUUUCCGUGGUGACAGAAUGACAUGGAUUUCUCCAGUAACCCUGAAGGAACUUCUGGAAGCUAAAUUCAAGUAUCCCCAGGCCCCUGUUGUUAUGGGGAACACCUCUGUGGGGCCUGAAGUAAAAUUUAAAGGCGUCUUUCACCCAGUUGUAAUUUCUCCUGAUAGAAUUGAAGAACUGAGUGUUGUAAACCAUGCAGAUAAUGAGCUGACCCUGGGUGCUGGUCUUAGCCUGGCCCAGGUGAAGAACAUUCUGGCUGAUGUGGUCCAGAAGCUUCCAGAGGAGAAGACACAGAUAUACCGUGCUCUCUUGAAGCAUUUGGGAACUCUGGCUGGGUCCCAGAUUAGGAACAUGGCUUCUUUAGGGGGACACAUCAUAAGCAGACAUCUAGAUUCAGAUCUGAAUCCUCUCCUGGCUGUGGGUAACUGCACCCUGAACUUGCUAUCCAAAGAAGGAGAACGACAGAUUCCUUUAAAUGAGCAGUUUCUCAGCAAGAGCCCCAGUGCAGAUCUUAAGCCUCAAGAAAUCCUGCUCUCAGUGAACAUCCCCUACUCAAGGAAGUGGGAGUUUGUGUCAGCUUUCCGACAAGCCCAGAGGCACCAGAAUGCACUAGCAAUAGUCAAUUCAGGAAUGAGAGUCUUCCUUGGAGAAGGGGAUGGCAUCAUUAGAGAGUUAUCCAUUUUAUAUGGAGGUGUUGGCCCAACCACCAUUUGUGCCAGAAAUUCCUGCCAGAAGCUCAUCGGAAGGCCCUGGAAUGAAGAGAUGCUAGAUGCGGCGUGCAGGCUGGUUCUGGACGAAGUCUUGCUUCCAGGCUCAGCUCCAGGUGGGAAGGUUGAGUUCAAGAGGACUCUUAUCAUCAGCUUCCUCUUCAAGUUCUACCUGGAGGUGUCACAGACUUUGAAGCAGAUGGAUCCAGUUCACUAUCCUGGCCUUGCAGACAAGUAUGAGAGUGCCUUAGAAGAUCUUCAUGCCAGACAUCACUGGAGUAGAAUCAAGUACCAGAAUGUAGAUGGAAAACAGCUUCCUCAAGAUCCAAUUGGCCACCCCAUCAUGCACCUGUCUGGUAUGAAGCAUGCCACGGGAGAAGCCAUUUACUGCGAUGACAUGCCUGCCAUGGACCGGGAACUUUUCUUGACUUUUGUAACUAGUUCAAGAGCUCAUGCUAAGAUUGUGUCCAUUGACCUAUCAGAAGCUUUUAACCUGCCAGGCGUGGUGGACAUCCUAACCGAGGAACAUCUUGGCUGCAUAAAAUCUUGCUUUUUCUCUGAAUCUGAGACAUUUCUGGCAACAAAUAAGGUGUCUUGUGUGGGUCGGCUUAUCUGUGCUGUGAUCGCAGAGUCUGAGGUUCAGGCCAAACGCGCUGCCAAGCAAGUGAAGAUUGUCUACCAAGACUUGGAGCCACUGAUCCUCACAAUUGAGGAAGCUAUACAGCACAACUCUUUCUUCGAGCCAGAAAGGAAACUGGAAUAUGGAAAUGUUGAUGAAGCAUUUAAAGUGGUUGAUCAAAUUCUCGAAGGUGAAAUGCACGUGGGAGGUCAAGAACAUUUUUAUAUGGAAACCCAAAGCAUGCUUGCUGUUCCCAAAGGAGAGGACCGAGAAAUGGAUGUCUAUGUGUCCACACAGUUUCCCAAAUACAUACAGGACAUGGUUGCCUCAGCCUUGAAGCUCCCAGCCAACAAGGUCAUGUGUCAUGUGAGACGUAUUGGGGGGGCAUUUGGAGGGAAGAUACUCAAAACUGGCAUCAUGGCAGCUGUCACCGCAUUUGCUGCAAACAAACAUGGUUGUGCAGUCCGCUGCAUUCUGGAACGAGGAGAAGACAUGUUAAUAACUGGAGGCCGCCACCCUUACCUUGGAAAGUACAAAGUUGGAUUCAUGAACGAUGGCAGAAUCUUGGCCCUGGACAUGGAGCAUUAUAACAAUGGAGGCGCCAGCCUGGAUGAGUCAUUACUCGUGAUAGAAAUGGGACUUCUGAAACUGGACAACGCUUACAAGUUUCCCAACCUGCGCUGUCGGGGUAGGGCAUGCAGAACCAACCUUCCAUCGAACACAGCUUUUCGUGGAUUUGGCUUUCCUCAGGCGGGGCUGAUCACUGAAUUCUGUAUCACAGAAGUUGCAGCCAAAUGUGGUUUGUCCCCUGAGAAGGUACGAAUGAUAAACAUGUACAAGGAAAUUGAUCAAACAGCCUACAAGCAAGAGAUUAAUGCCAAGAACCUGGUCCAGUGCUGGGGAGAAUGUCUGGCCAUGUCCUCCUACUCUCAGAGGAAAGCAGCUGUGGAAAAAUUCAACUCAGAGAAUCACUGGAAGAAGAAAGGGUUGGCCAUUGUCCCCCUGAAGUAUCCUGUUGGCAUCUGCUCAGUCGCUGCUGGUCAGGCUGCUGCUCUGGUUCACAUUUACUUAGAUGGUUCUGUGCUGGUCACUCAUGGUGGCAUUGAAAUGGGGCAGGGUGUGCACACUAAAAUGAUCCAGGUGGUCAGCCGUGAAUUAAGAAUGCCAAUGUCGAAUAUCCAUCUGCGUGGGACAAGCACAGAAACUGUGCCUAACGCAAACUGCUCCGGAGGGUCUGUGGUGGCAGAUUUCAACGGGUUGGCAAUAAAGGAUGCUUGUCAAACUCUUCUAAAACGCCUUGAACCCAUCAUCAGCAAGAAUCCUCGAGGAACUUGGAAGGAUUGGGCGGAGACUGCCUUUGAGGAAAGCAUUAGUCUCUCGGCUAUUGGCUACUUCAGGGGUUACGAGGCCGACAUGAAUUGGGAGAAAGGUGAAGGUCAUCCCUUCGAAUACUUUGUUUAUGGCGCUGCCUGUUCUGAGGUUGAAAUAGACUGCCUGACAGGGGAUCAUAAGAACCUCAGAACAGACAUUGUCAUGGAUAUUGGCCGCAGUAUAAACCCAGCCCUGGACAUAGGCCAGAUUGAAGGUGCAUUUAUUCAAGGCAUGGGCCUUUAUACGCUAGAGGAACUGGAUUAUUCUCCUCAUGGCAUUCUGUACACUCGUGGUCCAAACCAGUAUAAAAUUCCUGCCAUCUGUGACGUCCCCACAGAAUUUCACAUUUCUUUGUUGCCUCCGUCUCAAAACUCAAACAACCUGUAUUCAUCUAAGGGUCUAGGGGAGUCUGGAGUGUUCCUGGGCUGCUCCGUGUUUUUCGCUCUCCAGGAUGCAGUGAGCGCAGCUCGGCAGGAGAGAGGUCUAUCUGGGCCACUGAGGCUCAGUAGUCCACUGACCCCAGAGAAGAUUAGGAUGGCCUGCGAAGACAGGUUCACAAAAAUGAUUCCAAGAGAUGAACCAGGAUCCUAUGUUCCCUGGAACGUACCCAUAUGAAUCAAAUACAAGCUUCUGGACAAAAUGGGGUGACUCUUCCCACAUGGCAAUCU